AAACAAAACAAGUUCUCUGAAAACAUUCGUCGUCUCAGUAAAACGAACAAAGUCCAGUUAAAUUCGGGUUCCGUCGAUAAAAAGUUCGGCUCGGAGAUGAGUUCGUUCGCGGGUCGAAUGAAGGAGUACCCCACCGUUUCUCUGGACCGGUUCGACCGGGAGAACCUCCAUGCCCAGGCCUACUUCCUGUCCCAUUGUCACAAAGAUCACAUGAAGGGCCUGAAGGGACCGCUGCUGAAGAGGAAGCUGCAGUUCAGCCGGACCGUCAGACUUUACUGCUCCUUCGUGACCAAAGAGCUGCUGCUGAACAACCCCAAGUACGCCUUCUGGGAGGAAAACAUUGUUCCUCUGGAGCUCGAGAGUCCCACUCAGAUCUCGCUCGUUGACGAAGCUUCUGGACAGAAAGAGGAGGUCGUGGUGACGUUGCUUCCUGCGGGUCACUGUCCCGGCUCGGUCAUGUUCCUGUUCGAGGGUUGCCGUGGAAACGUCCUGUACACAGGUGACUUCAGGCUGGCUGUGGGAGACGCCUCCAGGAUGGAGCACCUGCACUCCGGCAGCAGGGUGAAGGACAUCCGGACCGUUUAUCUGGACUCGACUUUCUACGACCCGCGGUUCUUCCAGAUACCCAGUCGGGAGGUCUGUCUGCGAGGGAUUUCAGAGCUCGUCGGGAGCUGGAUCAGUCAGAGUCCGCAUCACGUGGUUUGGCUCAACUGUAAGGCUGCGUACGGGUACGAGUAUCUGUUCACCAACCUGGGAGACGAGUUCAACACGCAGGUCCACGUCAACAGUCUGGCCAUGUUUAAGAAGAUGCCAGAGAUCCUGAGCUACGUCACAACCGACCGCCGCACCCAGAUCCACGCCUGCCGACACCCCAAGGACGAGGAGUUUUUUCAGGGUAACCGUCUGCCCUGCGGCUGCACGGCUGCAGACGGGACGCCUCUUCGUAUCAUCAGCAUCAAACCGUCAACCAUGUGGUUCGGAGAGAGAACCAAGAAGACCAACGUCUUGAUAAAAACAGGAGCCAGUUCCUACAGAGCCUGCUUCAGCUUCCACUCCUCCUACUCCGAGAUUAAAGACUUCUUGUCGUAUCUUGAGCCGGUCAACAUCUACCCGAGCGUCGUCCCGAUCGGCCGCACGCUGCAGGAGGUCACUCAGACGCUCAGGACCAUGUGCAGGAAGCAGCUCGACGAGGACGCCGCCGUUUACAAACCUCUGGGAGUCCUCAAACGCAGCAGACUGAGGCGACGUUCUAACGACUCUGAGAGCGACAGCGAGCUGUUUGAAGGUUUGGACCUGGUGCCGGUCAGGAAGAAGAUGAACCUGAACCAGGAAGUAAAACAAGAGAAGUCGGCUGAGACGACAGCGCCCCCUGUAGUCGAGCCCUUCCCUCUGAUUGACUCGGACCUGCGGUCUGUCGGUCAGAACUUUUUGGACUGCACCGAGUCCAACGGGGAGGAGGAGGAGGAGGAGGAGGAGGAGGAAGGGAAAGGAGACCAAGAAAAGGAGAACAAGGAGGCUCUGAAGUGGGAGGACUUCUUUGCAACAGAGGUGCUGAGUGACAGCCAGAACAGCCAAUCACAGUCCUGCUGCUCCGUCAGAACCGCCUCCCCCUCCAGAGCGACCGGGUCGCAGACUCCAGAACUGUUCAGUGAUGAAGAGGAGGACGUCAGUCUGGCUCUGUCGGCGUCGCAGUCCAACCUCGACGACACGCUCAUCCUCCACCCGGAGCACGGCCACGCACACGCCCGGAACGGUCUCGUCCAAUCAGAGCUCGAGGAGCUGCCGGCGUCUCAGGCCUCGUCGGACUUCGACGUCCCCUGCACCCCCGGGUCGGAGGCGCCGCGGCCCGACGAGCUGCUGCAGCUUUACAGGAAGUUGGCCUCAGGGGAGGAAGUGGUCGCCAGAGGUCACUCUUUCAGGGAUGAAGAUGUUCACGAGAGCUUGGACAUCGUCAGGACGAUGAAGACCACUACAUGUUCCCUUGACCCUCUGGUUAAGAUGAUUUCAACCACUGGUCCAGUAGUCACCUCUACCAUCAACGUGUCUCUUCAGUCUGGUUCUGUUCCAGCACCAAUCAAACCUCUCCUGAAAAGACCCACCCUGGACCUGGAAAUCCCAUCAAACAGACCCACAGCUAGUCUCCAGAUCCUCUCAAAGGUUCUGGAGAAAGUUGUUGCCGUGCAGCUCAACGACCACAGAUCAGCUGAUUCAGUCCAGGUUCUGCUCUUCACACUGCACUGA